ACCAAUAAUCGGAUUGUUAAUUGAAAACUUUAAUACUCCAUACAUAUUGAGUUAACUCUGUUAACUUGAAUGCUUAAGAAUACCAUCCAAAUCUAAUUUAGUCCCAAUCUCAAGUUACUAACAAUAAUAAUUACUGUAUAUGAAUGUCACAUAUUAACCUACAAGAAAAUAAAAUAAUAUUAAUUCCAUGUGCAAUAAUAAGAGUCGAUCACCAACUUCGCUGUGUCACUCUCUCUAUAUAUAAAGACUUUCCCUCCUUUAGACUUUGUGCAUUAUCCAAAAAAUGGAGAAGAAGAAGAACAACAACAAUGGAGGAGAUUUCGGAGAAGAAGAAAGUUCCAUUGACGGAGACAUACUCGAGUCAAUCCUCUCCUAUUUACCACUCCUAGACCUCGAUUCCGCUUGCCAAGUCUCCAAAUCAUGGAACCGCGCCGUCUUUUACUCCCUCCGCCGCCUUAAAACCAUGCCGUGGUUGUUCGUCUACAACCAGAGAAAUUCUCCGCCGUACACCAUGGCGACGAUGGCGAUGGCUUAUGAUCCCAAGUCCGAGGCCUGGAUCGAGCUCAACACCGCAUCAUCUCCCGUCGAACACGUCUCCGUUGCUCGAUCCUCUCACUCCACGUUGCUCUACGCUUUAUCUCCGGCGAGAUUCUCUUUCUCAACCGACGCGUUUCAUCUGACUUGGCAACACGUGGCACCGCCGAGAGUUUGGAGGAUCGAUCCAAUCGUGGCUGUAGUCGGACGGAGCCUGAUUAUAGCCGGAGGUGUGUGCGAUUUCGAGGAGGAUAGAUUCGCCGUGGAGCUGUUCGACAUCGAAUCCGGAGACGGAGCGUGGGAGAGAUGCGAAUCGAUGCCAGAUUUUCUCUACGAAUCCGCGUCGUCCACGUGGCUUUCCGUAGCGGUGAGUUCGGAGAAGAUGUACGUGACGGAGAAGAGAUCAGGCGUUACGUGUAGUUUCAAUCCAGUAACUAGAUCGUGGACGAAGCUUCUCGAUCUCUGUCCCGGCGAGUGUAGCUUAUACUCACGUUCGAUUGGAUUCUCCGUUAAUCGUUUAAUUAUGGCUGGGAUCAUCGGAGAUGAAUAUAAUCCGACGGGAAUCGAACUGUGGGAAGUUAUAGAUUCUGACGAAUCGCAUUUGAAAUUCGAGUCGAUCGGAUCUAUGCCUGAGACGUAUUUGGAGAAACUAAGAGGGAUUAAUUCUGAUUGGCCGUUAACGUCGAUAGUGUUGAACGCGGUGGGAGAUAUGGUUUAUGUACAUGGUGCGGCGGAGAACGGCGGAGAGAUUGUUGCGGCGGAGAUUGAAGGAGGAAAGCUUUGUAAGUGGAGGACUUUGCCAAACGCAGACGCUACUUGGAAAAAAAGUCACGCGGCUGAGAGAGUAAUCGUUGCGUGUUCAAACGUUGGUUUUAGCGAUUUGAAACUUGCGUUUAGGAAUAAUUUGAGUUUUCUCUCAACGUCAAAAUAUUGAAUUUAAUCGUGUCCGUUAAAUUCAAAGCUUCUAGUCACUUUGGCAAUUUCGUGUUAGCUUUUUUCAACGAAACUUUAUUGUAAAGCUAUUGUGAGAUGGAUUUUAGAGGAUGUAAUAAUUUGAUAGUUUGAAGUGGAUUACGUGGAUAAUAAUCCAAAGAAUUAGAGGCGUAAAAAGGGUUUAGGGAAGCUAUCGAGAGAUACUUUUGUUAGGUGAAGUGUUUGUCUGCUGUUGACGUGUCUCUAAGUGAGUGUGACGUGUUCUUGAAGGUAUUACAUAAAUUAGCCCAUAGGGCCCAAAAUUGUAGCCCAUUAAUGAUGCAUGGACGCAAUUUUUCUUUUUGUUGGAAAUAAGCUACGUUACUACGUAAACGAAACAUUUUUAAUACCACUCACCUUAAACAGGCCGGAAAAUUUGGCCCAUUAAAUAUUUCAUAUGGAUUGGAAAAUAGAAUGGAUUGGUUAAAGGGUAACACCUUCAAAAG